AUGCCCGCGCCUGCCAGCGUGGACGCCAUGCGGGCCACUCAGUGGGUGCCACGUGGCACUGACUCCACAACCCGUGACUCUAACGAGGGUGAUUCAAACGAGGGGAUCGGCUGCAUGGCAGCAGGGCCGUUUCAGGUGGAGCAUUGCUUGGCGAUGGAAGGGGUGGAAGCUGCGAGUGGGAAGGGAAGAGUGAGAGUGCGUGUUGUGCAGCAAUUCACACCAGUGAAUGCAGCAGCAGGAGGAAGAGGAGGGGGAAGAGAAGGAGGAAAGGGAGGAGGAAACGAAGGGAGAGGAGCAGGAGCUGUAGCGGUGCCUCGGCUUGCCAGCCUGGCAGUGCACAGGGAGAAGUGGGUGGAGCCGUUUUCAGGCGGCGCUGAGCUGGCGGAUGGAGCAGCACUGUUCAGUUCGGAGAUGGUUGAGGAGGGGGAGGGGAGUGAGGCAGUGAGGGAAGGCAGGGUGAAGGAGAUUGAGGGGCGGUGGGAGGUGACGGCGAGAGAAGCUCAAGUGCCCACAGCUCCAUCCAUCUCGUCAUCACUUGUUGCUCUGGAGUUGACAGAGCCAAUCCAAACGGAGUGUCAAGGCAGAUGGAGACCUCUGCUUUGGAGGAUGGGACGCUCAUGCUGCUCCCAGAGAGAGUCUGGAGUCAUGUGCAUAAGGUGGAUGAAUUGUCGGGAGAAAGAUUGUUUUGUGUGGAGGUUGGGUGGCUGUUUUCUUCCAACCAGGCGGUUGUGUCACGGGCUCACUUCGACCAAUCAGGGAAUGCAAAG